CACGCGCAUGCGUAGUAGCCAAAAUAAUUGUAGUAAAAAAUCUAACCUAAUGUCAUUUUUAUAUCACUUUUAAUUCUUUAUACUUUAUAGCAUCAAUUAACGAUUUUUAUGUUUUAAACCUUUAUUUUUAUACCAAAAAGUGUCGAAUAUAUUUUUAUUAAAAUUAAAAAUGAGCGAGUUAAAUUAAACAUUUACCGACAGUUUCAUUCUGAAAGAAUGUAAAGUGAUAAAUGUGUAAUAUUAGUUGCCGAAAAAUCGCGAUAAUAAUGACGAAACAAAUUACGACAGUGCUAAUAGACCUCAGUGGAACAUUGCAUAUUGAUAACACAAUUAUUCCAGGCGCUGUGCAAGCAUUAAACAGGCUACGACAUGCAAACUUGUCGAUUAAAUUUGUUACAAACACUACCAAAGAGUCAAGCAAUUGUUUGUAUGAGCGUCUGACAAAACUUGGAUUUGACUUGCGGAAGGAUGAAAUCUUCAGUUCUUUAUUUGCGGCGAGAAAAUUGAUUAUUUCUCGACAGUUGAAGCCAUUACUAUUAAUUGAUCCAGCAGCGAUGGAAGAUUUUCAAGAUUUAGUAACAGAUGAUAUACCAAAUGCAGUGGUUAUUGGUUUAGCGCCAAGUAAAUUCAACUAUGAUGAGUUAAACAAAGCAUUCAGAUUGCUUUUGGACGGUGCGUCGCUCAUAGCUAUUCAUGAAGGACGAUAUUACAAGCGUCCUGAUGGUUUAGCUUUAGGUCCUGGAGCAUUUAUCAAAGGUUUAGAGUAUUCCAGCAAUGUGAAAGCGGAAGUUGUUGGUAAACCGACCACAGAAUUUUUUAAAGCAGCUUUAGGAGAUGUAGACCCAGGACAGGCUAUAAUGAUUGGGGAUGAUGUGAAAGAUGAUGUAGCUGGUGCACAGGCAGCUGGGAUUAAAGGUAUACUAGUACAAACUGGCAAAUAUAGAACAGGAGAUGAGAAGACGAUUACUCCAGGACCAACAAAAGUAUGUAGUUCUUUCGUACAAGCCGUCGAGAGUAUUCUCGAUGGAAUUGUUUGAAUAUUUGUUUGAGAAAAUUAUUAAACAAAUAGUAAUAGUAUUCUUUAUUCAAAUAUUGCUGCACAGGUGGACAAAUGUAAUCUGUUCUAUAUAUAUUAAAUUAUAUACUUUAUUUAAAUACUGAUUUUUUUUAUUUUUUAUAGUGUACAUAGUUUUCAGUGAUGCCAUAUUAUCAUAAAAUAAACAAUAAAUAGAAAUAGAAAUUAAUGUCUAUUUUUUUCUGAUAUGGAGCUUUACAUAUCUCUCUCAUUCUGCCUAUUAAUAUAAUUAAUUUCAAUGGUAAUGUAUUACAAAUCGGAUAAAUAUGAAAAAGUAUUUUCAAGGAUGAUAGAAAUAUCGUCUCAUUACAUACAUUCGUAGAAAACUGUAGAAAAUUUGACUUGUUUGCUGGAAAAUUUAAUAAGUUUCAUGUCAGAACAGUAAAAUGUAUUUUAUAAAGCAAUAUGACAAACAUUCAAUAUUUUGCAGAGACGAUAUUAGUCUAAUCUUGUUCUAAAAAAUUAUAAAUUUAAUAUACAUAUUUCGCUAGAUAGCCUUAUACAUCAUAAGUAGUACCACUAUAGAAACUACAUUAAUGAAGCAGGUUUACAGAAAUAAAGUACUCCCUGUCGAAAAAGUACAAUGUGUUACGAGUAUCGUCUUCAGUAUAAAAUUUGGCACCCGAUCUUACUACUUUUUUUUUUUUUUUACACAAGUUGAAACAAGAUGAGAAAUUGAUAUUUUGAUUUUUUACUCUAUUGACAUUCUAGUAUUAAUACUUCAAUUUUCUGUGCAUAAGUAUUAUGAUAUUUUGAAUGAAAAAACUAAAUCUAUAUCAUCUCUAACAGCAUUCAAUGAAACUAAAGUUGCAUGCUACAAAAUAAAUAAUGGAUAAAAAUUCAUAAUGCUAGUGGUAACUUUUCUUAUGAUUUAUAUUAUAUCAUUGAUAAUGUAAUCAAGAAAUGAUAAUGUACUCUCUCUCUCUCUCUCUUUCUUUAUGAUUGUAUAUCUUGUAAUUAUGGGCUCUUUUUCUCUUUAAAUAUCAAUACAAGUCAUAAUCGAAAUGCCCUCUGUAACUUAUAAUCUAUCAUCAGGCACAUCUUGAUUACUUCCACAUUAUGGUAAUAAAUAUGUCUAAAGUAAAUGAUCUGUUAAAAAAAAUAAAUAAUGGUUAAUUUCGAUUCAUGCAAGAAAUGCAUCUAUAUAGCAACACUAAUAUGUACAGCAUAUUUGCAAACAAUUAUAUGAUGAACUGAAUAAUACAUUAAUUAUAUUGACAAUCUUAUUAUAUAUAUAAUAUUAUUAUUAUAUAUAUAUAUAUAUAUAUAUAUAUUAUAGUCGUCGUUGCAAUAAAUAAUUGAAGUAAUUUUAAGUCAAAGGCGAUUUAUAGUUCUUAUUUUUUUAUGACACUAUAUUGGGAUAUUUAAGAGAAAACUAUAUUAUAUUUUAAUUUUCAUUUGGUUCAAAAUUACUUUUUAAAUUUAAUACCAAUAUAAAAAAAUAUAGGUUUACUGUGCACAAUUUCUUUCAAAAAAACUCUUCUAAAAAUAACAAAUCAGGCAAUUUUAAUAAUGUAGAAUAAUACAAUAAUUUCUGCCAGCUAUAUAUUCAUGUAUUCUCUUUAAUCAAGAGAAAGUUUCUUUAUCGUAAUGUUUGAACAAUAUCUCCACGCAAG